AUGUUCUCGAGGCUAUUGAAAGACAAUUCCUUACGACCUAGUACCCAUACUUAUAGCGUAACAAUUGGUGGGCUUUGUAGACAAGGUUUGGUAGAUGAAGCAUAUGAUCUGUUCCGAAAAAUGGAACUGGAUGGUUGUCUACCAGAUAGUUUCUGUUAUAACAGAAUUAUUCAUGGAUUUCUUCAUGACAAGGACCCACAUGAAGCAGUGGCCCUUAUUCAGGAGAUGGUCUCUAAAGGUUUCUCAGCUGACACAACCACAAUGUCCUUGCUUAUACAAGUAUUGCCCAAAAAUCAGUUGAAUCAUCCGCUUGUCCAAAAGCUGCUGAAUGGUCCAGAUAUCAACAUUCAGGAAAUAGAGUCUUAACUGUCUAUCAGCUGCUGCAACUCAAGGUGUUUAAGGGCUUCCGGCAGUUGCAUGGCAUUUAGUCAGAGAGUUCUCUGUCGAAGGAAAUGCUACGGAUAGUUUACCUCAAAAAAAAGGCACAAAAUCUUGGCAGAUGGUUCUGCAUUCCAGGCAGACCAAUCCUCUGUGGCAACAAUCAUAUCUCAGAAGGCAUGCGUUCAUCGGGGCCAAAGAAUGUCUGCUAUCUUUGAAAGUUUCUAUAGAAAAUCUUCACCAGAAUAUAAUCUUAAAGUUCUCCUACAAUGGUUGACAAAAUAUGAGGAACUCUGUAGCAGUGACGAUGACUUUUCCUAGGCUACUUCCUUAGAGAGAACCAUCUUUUCUAUUUGAAGGGAAGAUCACUAAAAUAGCAUGCUGGGUGUUCAACUCAAUAUUCCAAGGUGUGGCUCCAAGUAACCUAUGUUUACGGAAGAAAGAUCAAAUCUUUCGAACAAACUCUAACUGAAUCGGACAGGUCGCACUGUUGGACUUGGACCUGACGGGUGUUCCUGUUGAUAGUCAAUAGAAUUUUCUGGUUGCCGAGGACCAGGAGCUAGUUCUGGUAGGUUCAGGAUUUCACUAGCUUAGCUCUCGAAAGAUCCCAAGGAUCUGUUUGACAGGACCGACGUUUGGCUUUAUUAGUUGAAGCUUCAUAAUUUUGAGGGCAAGUUGGGAGUAAGCAGAGAAUACCCAGAUGGAGGACAAGAAACAGAGUCGUCUUCAUCACUUCGUGCUGGUCCAUGGAGCUUGCCGUGGAGCGUGGUGUUGGUACAAAGUUGUUCCUUUACUGAAACAAGCUGGCUACAAAGUAACAGCUCUCGACUUGGCCGCUUCUGGGAUCCAUCCAAAGCAGGCUACCGAGCUGGGUUCGGUCUCGGACUACCUCGCGCCCCUUAUGGAGUUGAUGGCUUCCUUAACAGGAGGAGGACAAGAAGAGAAGGUGACUUAGUUGGACAUAGUAUGGGUGGUGUUGGGAUAUUUGCUGCAAUGGAAACGUUUGCAGAGAAAGUAGCUGUUGCGGUGUUUGUAACGGCUUUUAUGCGUGCCAACUCCUCAUCCUGGUGUCGGCUACUCCCUUCCAAGAGAAGAGUGUUUCAAGCGACUAGAUUUCAUGGAUAUCGAAUACUCUCGUUCCAUGAUGGUCCCGAAAAUCCUCCGACCAGCAUGUUGUUUGGACCCAAGGCGAUGGCAACUAAAUUGUACCAGCUCUCCCCACCUGAGGAUUUGGCACUGGGAAUGAUGCUAGUAAGACCCUGCCCUCUCUUCAAAGAUGGUCUUAUUACUGUCUUUUGGAGCAGGAUUUGAAACUGGAAUAAUUCUGAUUCUCAAAUGUUAACAUUAACUGAUAGCAUUGAACAACCCGAUGCCCUUCUCAAAGGCGACAAUAACCCCAGAAUCAGAAAUGAUGAUUUGUUAUCAUCUACACAUUACUACGUUGCGCUCUCAUUUCGUCGAGCAGUCAAUAUGGGCUACAUUUGGUUGAUCACUCGGCUGAACCACCUUCUUUCUGAAGCUGAGCAUCACAACUCUGCCAAUCCUCAUCAGCAACUUCCAGCAGGCACUGAUAGAGCACCUUUGGCUUUGACAGCAUAGCCAUGUGGUCAGCUCCUUCAAUGUACUUCACCUCAUCUGGUGGGUAGCUCUUAAUGAUCCUUUCCUGGAAUUCCUGCUUCGUCAGGACAUCAUCUUUGCACACAAUGUAUACCCUCUUCACAGAACCAUAUUGAGCCUCACUCAGCAGGGAUUCCUUGGACAUGUCUCCCAGGAAGAACUUGAAUGGCCUAAUCAUCAGCUUGGCCAGCUCCAGAUCCUGCAAACACACCAAGUAUUAGCACGUUUUGAUUAUAGUUUCUUUAUAGAACAACAUUGAUUGCAGAACAUUAUUAGUGGAAGCUAGAGGAACUUGCCUCUGGCUGGCAGUUUGUGUACAUCAAGGUUUCCAGGUAAACUGGCCCGAAAAGUGCUGAUAUCGGAAGCCUUUCCUGUUCUUUGUCAAAUUCUACUUCACAUAGUGCAAAGACCUCCUCUGGUGUCUUCUCCAGGAUCUCUAUCAUGAGAGUGGCAGGAGGCUCGACGAGAUUAGGCAUUUCAGCAGUCACAAAAACAGCCACCAGCACUUUCUCAGGGAACCUCUCCAUGGCCAUAGAUAUAACGUAGCCACCAAAGCUGUGACCCACCAGAAUCACCUUGCCAUCAUCAUCAUCUUCAGGCAGGGAGGCCAUGAACUCCAUCAACGGCCGAGCAUAAUCCGAAAUCGUGACGAUCUCGUCCAGCCGAUUCGGGUCAGCACCGGAUGCUCCGAGAUCGAGAGCAGUAACUCUGUGACCACUGGAUUUCAGGAGCGGGAUCAGCUUGUACCAGCACCAUGCUCCAUGUGCUGCUCCAUGAACCAGCACAAAGUGCUUCUUUUCCCCUUCCAUAAAGUUGGUUCUGUUUUAUUUUUCGUUUUGGGUACUAAUUGGGUUGUUGGUUGGGUUUUUUAUAUUGGCGCCAGAAUAUGGCUUGGAAAGGUUGAAGUGAACGAGGAGAAAGCAUUUGUGGCCUUCUGGGGAGUUUCCACCAUUUUCAUUGGAAGUGUCAUCUAGUGGGUGAGUAGUGACAAGCAAAAUUGGUUACAGGGUGAAUCUGCAUUUUGGGGCUUUGGUUUAACCGUCUGUUGGUCGUAUACUCUAGUCGGUUUUGUGCAGUUUCCCAUUCACAGCUAAUUUCAAUUGGUU